AUGGUUUUCCCUUCCAUCGUAGUAUUUAAACUGGUAUUUGAGAACAAGGUUCACUACUUUCAGACCGCGCUCAGUGCAUUUUUCCAAGAAACAAACAUCCCUUACAGCCAUCACCAUCAGAUGAUGUGUACUCCUGCCAACACGCCAGCCACUCCCCCGAACUUCCCAGAUGCCCUCACCAUGUUCUCCCGCCUUAAGGCCUCUGAAAGCUUCAACAGCAGCAGCCCUGUGGCAUCGAUGGCGACUUCUCCUCCGCCCCCACCCCCUCCUCUCCCCCAGCAUGGAGGCUUCAACUCUGCCUGGCCUGCAGCCUCACCUCCUGGCCAGCAGCCUCAGCAGACCAUGUGGACUCCAGCCCUGCCCUCACAGCCUUCGGGGUGGCCUGCCACAGUUUCUCAACAGGCCACUUCAGAACAGAAGGCCAAUGUGACCAUGGAGGCUGAGAGAUGAGGCUGUGGAGAAGUAAGAGCACAGUGAGGGGAAGGCCCCCCAUGAUCCCUGUGUUCAUUUUUUUUUUUUUUUUUU